AUGUUUUUCGCUCCUCAAUUUCAAGAGUUCAUGGAAAAAGAAAAAUCCAUCUACUCCUCUUUGUAAAAACAUCUUGAUAUAAUAUUAGCUGAUCAAUUAGAUUUCACAUAUCAUUCUGUGUUUCAACUAUUCUGCCAUAUAUCCAUUCUACACAAUACCCAAGCCACUGUUUUUUAAGCUCUUAUGAAAAUGAUGGGUAGUUUGGUCGAAUAAAAUAAAUAGUAAAAACUUAAUGAUUUACUUCUUAUCGAUAAUCAACCAAAAUCAGCUAAAAUUUUAUAACCAAAUUUUUUUGAAAUAUUCGAAGAUAGGUAAACUCAAUCAUCCAAAACCCAUAAAUUAUAAAAAACUAAUGAAGAAUAGAAGAAGUUUUCUAUUUAGACUGAGGUCGAACUUCCAAAGGAGAAGGUGUUUAGAGAAGUCGUUAAAAAUAGAAAAGAAAGAUAAUAAAUGGAUGCCCAUUAAUGCGAGGAAUGUGAAAGAUUUUACAAAGCCUUGCCGAAUAAUAAUUAAACGGAAAAAUUAAAACAGGAUUACUCGAGGCAUCGAAUGAAUCAUAAGAUAAAUCAAGAAAAAUUAUUAUUAACUCCAGAAUGA